AUGCGUGUCGAAGAGCAGACCGUCCAAGUUACAGCUGCUCCCUGCAAAUUAAACCCCAUUAGUCCUACCGUUAAACAUGAGCGAUCUCAACGAGCAGACAAUUCCGACUUCUGUAGAAAAAUUUUGAAUGAGACCAGGUGUUUUAGCAGGCAGGAUUUGUCUCUUCGAUCAACGAGUGUGAUCGAUGCGGGAAACGUUCCGACUACAUCAAGUGAGACUGAAAAUUCAGGCGUCUGGAAAGACGAUCUAUCUACGUCUGAAAGCAAUGUGAUUCAACAAUUUGAAUACGUCUCAUGGAAAUACAAAAAUCCACGUAGCAUUUCUACCAAUAAUCAUAUGGGUCAUAAAAACUCCACUGAUACAUUAGAGAAUGUUGUGAAAGAAGAUGAGCCCCGGGAAGGUAGAGCAAGGCGAAGUAGUCUUAUCAAUUGUCGAGAUUUGGCUACCUAUCAGGAAUCUUGCGAUACACCACGCACGAAAUAUUCCUUCGCUGCUUUGGUCUUAGUAAUGGCUCAGGCUACGGCACAAUCUCUGUUGGCACUGAUAUACGUGAUCAUUAAGAUCGUUUCCGUUAUCAAGAUGUUUUCCUUCAUAUUGAAAUUCAUGGAUGACCGGGUAAACGAUAUACGUAGGAGCAAGAAUGUUCAGCAAGUAAUGGUGAAACUCACGAUCUUCAUCUUGCAAAUGUUCGGCGUGUAUAUCGGCAUUAUAUUUAUAUUUAGCAUCGUUUCGCCGAUCAUAGACAUGGCAAUCGCCAUUGCAACUAAAAUCGUGACGCGCAAUUAAGUUACAGCACUGUCAAA